AUGAGCGUCGACACUCUCGCCCGUCCCGUGGAUGAGGCCGCCAAAUGGAAGUAUCUCGAACAUAUGCGCCAGACUCCGGGUCCCUUUACCGACCCGGAUUCACAGACCGAAGAGGCCCUCAACAUAUUCAACAGCUACAAGGUUCUCGGGGCAGGUGGGCUGGGGUGUGAAAUACUCAAGAACCUUGCCUUGUCGCGGUUCAAGGACAUUCACGUCAUUGACAUGGACACAAUCGACAUCUCCAACCUCAACAGACAAUUCCUGUUCCGAAAGUCAGAUGUGGGAAAGUACAAGGCUGAGGUGGCAGCCAAGUUUGUCGAGAGCCGGGUCAAGGGUGUGUCCAUUACGCCGCACAACGGCGCCAUCCAGGACUUCGAUCUCGACUUUUACCGCCAGUUCCAGCUCGUCAUCUGCGGUCUAGACAGUAUCGAAGCACGCAGGUGGAUCAACAGCACUCUCGUUACCCUCGCAGAGGAGGGUGAUGCUGAUAGCAUCAAGCCUCUCGUUGACGGCGGCACCGAGGGUUUCAAGGGCCAAGCGCGUGUCGUGCUCCCAUCCAUCACGUCAUGCAUCGAGUGUCAACUAGACAUGCACGCACCCAGAGCUGCCGUUCCGCUGUGCACAAUUGCAUCAAUCCCACGUCAGCCGGAGCACUGCAUCGAGUGGGCCCAUGUCAUAGCUUGGGAUCAAGAGAAGCCCUUCCCCAAGCUUGACAAGGACGACCCCGAACACGUCACCUGGCUCUACAAUAAGGCUCUCGCUAGGUCCAAGGAGUUUAAUAUUCCCGGGGUGACGUACUCGCUCACCCAGGGCACGAUCAAGAACAUCAUCCCGGCCAUCGCGUCUACCAAUGCCAUCAUCGCAGCUGCCUGCUGCAACGAGGCCUUCAAGCUGGCUACAUCAUCAGUCCAGUGCCUUGGGUUCGAGAACAACUACAUGAUGUACUCGGGCAACGACAGUAUCUACACCUACACUUUCAACCACGAGAAGAAGUCAGACUGCCCUGUGUGCAGCGAUCAGGCACGCCCUCUCGACGUCGACCCUAGCUCCACACUCCAGGAGCUUCUCGACUCCCUCGCUGUACGUCCAGAGGCACAGCUGAAGCAACCCACGAUCCGCGCCGAGAACAAAUCUCUGUAUAUGCGUACACCACCAGGGCUAGAGAAGGCAACAAGGCCUAACCUCUCCAAAACGCUGUUGGAAUUGGGUCUUGAAGACGGACAGCACGUUGUCGUCACCGAUCCUGCCUUUACUACCGAAUUCGAUUUCUUCCUCAGAUUUAAGCCCAGGUUCUAA